GCGAACACAUCGCAAAGUUUCGAUGCUCUUUGUUUUGAAAUAGCUUCCCUGCCCCCUCGUCUCAAAAUCCGAAGCCUUAAAAUGUAUGACAGUAAAUUGACAGUCAGUAUGGAGGAAAACGAGUUUACACCGUUGACUGUGCCCAUGGAUUAUUUCCAGCAGUGGUACCAGUCAAGCCAGCAACACCCCGAGCUGCAGCCCGUGAUGUCCCACCACAACCACUACAGCGAGGGCCCCAGGGAUGAGCCCGUCAUGACUGAACUGUCGGUGCACAAGGAGCAGCCGCUCUACCAGGAGCAGUUUUAUCAGAACUACUUCCAUUACCAGGAGCCCGUCUACCAGCAGGAGCAGCAGCAAGAUCAGCAUCCUGCAUACCCGCAGCAACAACAACAGCAGCAGCAGAAUCAGUAUGAACAUGCAAUACAACAGCAAUCUCAGUAUCAACAUCCAACACAGCAAGAGGAGCUGAAUGUUCACCACCAACCUCCACCCGCUACCCCACCUCAAGCAGCGAUGCCGGUGAAGAAAAAGCGAGGGCGCCCACCCAAGAAUCAGCGCGAAGGAGGCGGGGCGGUGAAAGAGGAAGAUGAGGAUGAGAGCGAGGCGGCAGCAAAGAAGGCCAAAAGGACACUGAACCGCUUCAACGGCAUGUCAGUGGCUGAGGUUAUGGCCAAAACGCUGCCUGACGUUAUUACCUACAAUCUUGACAUUUUGAUCAUUGGAAUCAACCCGGGACUGUUGUCGGCCUAUAAAGGACACCACUACCCCAACCCUGGCAACCAUUUCUGGAAAUGUUUGUUUCUGUCCGGUUUCACCGAGGAGCAGCUCAACUUCACGCAUGACGAGAGCCUGCCGGAGAAAUACGGCAUCGGCUUUACAAACAUGGUUGAGAGGACCACACCUGGCAGCAAAGACCUUUCCAGUAAGGAAAUCCGUGAAGGAGGGCGACAGUUGCUUGAAAAGUUGCAAAAAUACAAACCGCUGAUAGCAGCUUUUAACGGAAAAGGUAUUUACGAAAUAUUCUGCAAGGAAAUCUUUGGCGUGAAGGCCAAGAACCUGGACUUUGGCUUGCAGCCCUACAAGAUCCCUGACACUGAAACGGUGUGCUACUUGAUGCCUUCAUCCAGUCCGCGAUGUGCCCAGUUCCCCCGCGCGCAGGACAAAGUGCACUUCUACAUCAAGCUGAAGGAGUUGCGAGACCACAUGAAAGGUGGAUUAGUGCCCGGCCGGGACGUGACGGAGACAGACUACUCCUUUGACCUGCAGCAGGCCAAAGAAGACGCAAAGAGGAUUGCCAUCAAAGAGGAGCAGCUGGAUCCCGAAUACGAAAGCUGUAGUGGUCAGCAUGAGAAUGUGAGGCAAAGCAGUCCAGGAAACUUUUAUUGAAGUGACAUUUGCACACUGCAAUUGGCACACAAGAGGAAUCACACAGUUUACUGCAGAAUUUUAGUGGAAUGCACUAAAAAAAAAAGAAAAAGACUGCACACAACUGUUUCAACUUAGCCCUCACUGAGCAUGUACUGUACUAGGUGUGAUAUUUUCCACUAUUUAUUGCUUUUGCUAUCACCUUUUUUCUUUGGUUACUUACUUUUGUACUGUAUUUUGAAAUAAUGAAAUUUUAUGUGUAACCAUCUGUGCAGACAAGUGAUUUGACUAUGAUUUCUAUUAAAAUCGUAAUGAUCAA